GCAAUAUUGAGGCAUAAACGAUAAGAUUGAAGUGCUUGGUUGUUAUCCUUUGUUUGUUGACUUGUUUCAUUUCAUCGUACCAGUGAGAAAUUCCUCGUAUAUCCGCCAAUUACACAAAGUUCCAAGCGUCAUCCUUCUGGAAAAUGGAUGCAUUUGAACUACACGCCGUCUUAGCCGAUGGCACAUUUCAGUUUGUGGAGAUUGGCACAGGCUGUGCUGGGAAUGCGUACACGGACGACAACAUCAGUACGUCCAGCAGUAGCAAUGCUAGCAGUGAUGAUGACGAAGACGUGGAACUCAUCAUGCCCAUAUGUGCGUCCCGCAUUGUUGACCAAAGCCCGACUGAUCGCUGGUUCGUUGUACACUCGAUCGGUUCCGUCACAAGCAGACCAACAACGCUCAGCGAACGCCAAGGCUCCAACAACGCAGAGCCAGAAGAGAGAAUCAUUCUGGAGCAUUUCGACCCGCAAUCGUCCGUCCCUGGGAUCAUCUCAGACAAUUCAAAGUUCCUCGGCAUUCAGUACAUCAACGGCAAGGACGGCUUGCGAACUGAAGUAGGCUUGGUUGGCCUAGAAGACGGCCAGCUCCCUACUAGCACGCAGGAGAUUAUUUGGCGUAGACGUGUUGUUGACACGAUGACUCUGUACCCAACGUACAGACUGUAUCCGGACUUCAGUGAUCGUGUCGUGCUGUGUGUAGCACCGGGAAACUCAAAUCCACUGCGUCUGGCACCACUGGGAAGCGAUGCACAGUUUGUUACCGAGUUUCUGUUUGAUCCAGCCAUCGUCCAUGAGGAGUCUUCAUCAGUGUGACAGCUGCCCAAACCAUCCUUGACCUAGGGCGCGUGAAGUCUCAGCCCAUCCUCUGUCAGAGACGAUGCCUCCCAACUGACUAGGCAGUGACAGGACUUACAAGCUGUUGAAGAAACGCCUCUCAUUCACUUUAGACACAUGCCGGCUCUUUGGCUGCCUAAUCUCAACAUUAAUUUUAUCUAUAAUGUACAUACAAAUAAUCUACGUGGAGAUAAAAGUUUAAUAAUAGCAAUGAAAAGUAUG